CAGGGAAUCCGGCCGGGCAGUCCGCCUCCGUCCCCCCCGGCCCGUGGCUGCAGCGUCGCGACAGACUCGCGAAGCGCUUGGAUCGCGGCAACAGCGGCGGCGACGACGACGACAGCCGCCGCCGGUGCGCGCCGUGCGCAGCCUCCCCCGGUCCGCUCUAUGUGAGCCUCGCCGGCUGCCUCCACCUCCUCCUGCCGGAUGGCGAUAGACCGGCGACGAGAGGAAGGUGGCGGCGGCGGAGGAGGCCAGCCCCUCCCCGAGGAGAACGGCUCUUUGCCUGCCGGAGAGGCGGACCCUGCGGCUGCAGCAGCCGCCUCAGCCGCACCCCCUGCAGGGGGUCUGGCAGCGGAGAUCCAGAGCCUGCCUGUUCCUACGGCGCCGCCUCCCUCCGGGUCCUGCAGCCCCCUGCUCUUGGAUUACGAUGGGUCCGUGCUACCUUUCUUGGGGGGGCUGGGCGGCGGCCACCAGAAGACACUCAUCCUUCUCACCUGGAUCCCGGCCCUCUUCAUCGGCUUCAGCCAGUUCUCGGACAGCUUCCUCUUGGUCCAGCCAAUCUCUUGGUGUAAGGGCACGGAUGGGCAGAGCAACUGGACAGGACACCCCCCAGUGCCCGCGAGGGGUCUCGCGCCGACCCCCGGUUACAACCAUAGCGACCGCAGCGGCUAUAGCCGCGGGAUGCUGGCUGCUGCAGAACUGCCCACCGAUGAGCCGAAGAACAACAGCCACUGCCUUUGCAGCGAGCGGUACCACCGGAUCACGGCUGGCCUUCAGCAGAAUAUAGUGAGCAAGUGGGAUCUUGUCUGUGAUUCUGCCUGGAAAGUCCAUAUUGCAAAAUUCUCUCUGCUUGUGGGAUUAAUCUUUGGUUACCUAAUAACAGGAUGUAUAGCUGACUGGGUUGGUCGUCGGCCAGUGCUGCUCUUCUCUGUAUUAUUCAUUUUAAUAUUUGGACUCACAGUGGCUCUCUCGGUGAAUGUGACAAUGUUCAGCACGCUCAGGUUUUUUGAAGGGUUUUGCCUGGCUGGAAUAAUCCUUUCACUGUAUGCACUGCGGAUAGAGCUCUGUCCUCCUGACCACCGCUUCAUGAUCACAAUGGUGGCGAGCUUUGUGGCAAUGGCAGGGCAGUUCCUCAUGCCAGGUUUGGCUGUACUCUGCAGGGAGUGGCAAAUUCUUCAGGCUGUCAUCAUCUGUCCUUUCCUGAUGAUGCUACUGUAUUGGUUUAUUUUUCCAGAGUCUCUUCGGUGGCUUAUGGCCACACAACAGUUUGAAGCUGCCAAGAAGCUUAUACUUCACUUAACUCACAGGAACAGGACAAGCACAGAAUGCGAUAUCAAAGGAGUGAUGCCCGAACUAGAAAAAGAACUCUCCAGGAGGUCAAAGAAGGUCUGCAUUGUGAAAGUGGUAGGAACCAGGAACCUGUGGAAAAACAUUGUUGUGCUCUGCAUAAAUUCACUAACUGGGUAUGGAAUACACCACUGUUUUGCAAAGAGUAUGAUGGGUCAUGAAGAUAAGAUGUCACUCACCAACAAUUUCUAUGCGGACUACUAUACCAUGGCAGGGAUUACUCUGGCAUCCUGUCUGGCCAUGUGCCCAGUUGUUGGUUUUCUUGGGCGGAGAGGCGGACUGCUGCUCUUCAUGAUCCUCACUGCUUUGGCUUCACUUUUACAACUAGGCCUUCUCAACUUGAUAGGAAAAUACAGUCAACUUCCAGACUCAGGUAUGAGUGAAACUGUAAAGGACAAGUUCUCCACUGCAUUUUCCAUCGUGGGUAUGUUUUCAUCACACGCAGUUGGAAGUCUCAGUGUUUUCUUCUGUGCAGAAAUCACACCAACAGUAAUAAGGGGUGGUGGGCUUGGCCUGGUCCAAGCUAGCGCAGGCUUUGGUAUGCUGACUGCACCUAUCAUGGAGCUGCACAACCAGAAAGGCUACUUCCUCCACCAUGUGAUCUUUGCCUGUUGCACACUCAUUUGCAUCAUCUGCAUUCUCCUCUUGCCAGAGAGCAAAAACCAGCACCUUCCAGAGAACAUUCCAGAUGGCGAACAUUAUACCAGGCAGCCCCUCCUGCCACACAAGAAGGGGGAGCAGCCCCUGCUGCUCACGAACUCUGAACUCAAGGACUACUCUGGCCUCCAUGAUUCAGCAGCAGCCGUGAAUGACGGGGUAACCGAGAGUGUCACUGCCAAUGGGAUGAAAGCGAUGUAGUUGGCUGGAGGAGGAGGCGCACUUAGGCAUGGGAGUGCUUUCCACAAGGUUUACAGAACAGUGAAAGAAGGGAUGGAUACACAGGGGAAUUGGACUCUGCUGCUAAACCCACUUCUUGUAGGAUUCUUUGAUCAGGGUGUGCAAAUUGAUUUGGAAACAGUUAUAGGGGGUGGGUGAAGGGAAUGCAUCUUCAAAGCAAACUGGUUGGAGACUAACCGCCCAUCAGAACAUUUCUUUCCUGCCUACCAUGAAAUGUUUCUAUUUAUUUUGAUUUUUGUUUGUUUGUUUCCAUGAAGCACUUUAUUCCUUUUUCUUUAUGUUGAUCACAAACAUGAAGCCAUGUUGUUUUCAAAAAGAAUAGCCAUUCCAAGACAGUAAUCAUGGAGUUCAUUUUUGUGUGUGUUUUUGAAAUCAUUUCUUGCCUUUUUUUUUUUUUUUUUGGUUGGAGAAAUGCAGUAUCUCUUGCUGAACAAUGAAUUUCAUUGACUACUGACAUUUUAGGUUCAACCAAUUUUCUUGGUCUUUCCAGGUAAUCUGAUCCUCCCUUUCCUCCACCCCCUUACUGUAUUAAGUGUGCAUUCAAAGCUCUGACUUGAAAUUCCAGCCGCAUUCUAGGUAGCAGAAAUAGAGUUCAGCUAAUGAGCCCCAGUGUAUUUUAUAAAGGUUGUUUUCUACAUUUUAGAAGUAGAGGAAUUCACCUAUUACUUGCAGUUCAAAGCUGAAAACAAACCACUGCGCAAGGAAGCUAGCUACAUUUUUUUCCAAUGGAGAUGAGGAGUAUGGAUUUAAAUGAAAAAUGUGUCUCUUUAUAGAAAGUUCUUGCAAGUGUUUAUUAAUAAUAACAAGAAGCAAUUUUAACAGGCAUUUCUUGGUAAACUCAAGGCUUUACCAAGAGAGGUUUUAAAGUAAUGGGGCCUUGAAACUAUGAGGUAGCAUUUUUUUAGGAGAGCAACUCUGUGUUGUGUGGGGGUGGGGGGAAUAGUGGCCAGAAAGUUUUAGGAGUCUAAAAUUCUUAUUCAAAAAUCAGCUAGGCUGGAAUUCUGGCCAUCAUAACGUCAGUUCAACUGUUUACCUUCAUUGUCCCCAAGACUGAUGGAUGCUAACAGAAGAAUAUAAGUGAUAAGUUGCAAAUAAACUGACACAAUAGGUUAAAAUGUAAGAUUAGGGUAAGGGGGGAAUACGGAAUAAGCUCUUUGGAUGUUUUAAGUAGAGGCCAGAGUGGUCUGGUUAAGAGGUGUGUAACAGUUUUUCAAGGAUAAGGUUGCAUAUUAUCAACCAAUUGCCAUCUCCAGCAUGAAAAUCUAUAGGGAAUAGCCACCGUUAAGUGCACCAGAAAAAAAAAAUCCCAAGUGCUCUUUUAGGAUGUCUUAUCCUGCCCCCUAUAGUAAAAUAAAUAAGCCAGUCCCACAGGGUCACUUGACUGAAAAUAGAUGCUUAACACCCUGAUCCUACAUGCAUUUGGAAAAAAGUUCCACUAACGUGGCGUAGAACUUGCUUCUGCUUGAGAUGCAUCUAGGUACAGGGUGUUAAUAAAGGCAAGAACCCCCUUCCCCCUUCCCCCAAAGAGCUGGCACUCAUUUAAUUUGCACUGGCCAUUUUAACAUUUGGCUAUCAAGCUGCGGUUCUUACACGAGAGCCAUUUAGAGCCACCUUUGGACUAGGAAGUUCUGAACUCCUGGUGACUCUUCUACAUAGAAGUAACAGCCCUGCUCCCUCCCCUUCCACUCAGACCAUGCAUUUGUGAUUUGAUUGCCUGUGGUCCAGCCCACCAUUCCAGUGAAUGCAGCAGCCAGAUGUGUGGUGAUGUGUAGAGCCAUCCAUUUGACUGUCACUUUGAUGUCCAUCCUGCAUUCGUGGGUAAAGGGAAGGGCGUGUUGUGGUGCUUCCUUCUCUGCCAUUUCCCUUCUUUGCUCUAUAUAUUGUCUGUUGACUUAUCUGUGUUUCUUCCUCCUCCUCCCUCUGCCAGGCUGCUUUUUGCAAUCCUGCGAGGAGCUGCCCCAAGCCAUCCCGGCGGCUUCUCCUGGGGCAAGCAGUGCAGCUUCUCAGGGCUGGCUAGCUAACUCUCAGAGGGCAAAAUCGGCCUGCAGAAGAGAUGGGAGGCUAUGUACUUGAGAAGAAAAAUGUUUGUCGUAAAGCUGCUAACUUUUAUACAGAGGAUGAGAUGCUUGGGGAAAUCUUUCUCAAGCCCUGUUAAAAAAAACAAAACACUGGAUUGUUCAAUGGUCAGCUGUUGUUUUUCCCCCUGAAGUGCCACUGCUGUGUUCACCUCAGUGGGACUUGCUGAAAAAGUGCGAGUCCAAUCUUUCUUACACUCUCUCAGUCAACUGUCUGGUGCUAGUAACCAAAAUGGCCACCUCCCCUCCAUUCUUCUAUAACAUCCAGACAGUUGCAGCCUUCCAUUUGCAUUGAAAAGUACAGCCUUUCUGAAUUGUGCAGUAUUCAUGUGCCAAAUUUGUGUGAUGCCUUUUGCCUUUUAUAUAAUGCUUGUUACAAGCUACAUAAUCAGGAACAGUGGGUUUCUAGUAAAAUCUAUGAAGGAUAAAUCUGAAUUGUUUUUAAAGGAGUGGGGCCUUGAAAAGCAUUUGAAGAAGAGAAUUGGUUAUCGACACGUGAAGGCUCCGAGUGAACACACAGCACUUUUUUUGCAAUCCGUGUGGUACGGAAGAGUUUUUAAUUCCCCACCUCUGUGCAUAUAUUCUUAGAAUAGAGUAAAAAUCAUGUUUGAUCACUUGUCAGCCAAUAGACUUUAUUGCAUUUUAGUACUGUUAAAGACCUUGUUGUGCUCAUUUCUGUCACUUGCCAUGCUUUCUAGUUUCCUGUUCCAAUGUGAUGCUCCUUACCUUUACAAACAAGCAAAGCAAAACUUUUCUUUGUCAUCAUAUUUAAAGAAUCAUGUAAGGUGAUGGGAGCACUUGGUGAUAUAAAAACCCAACAAACCAUUUUUAUACAAUUAAUUGUGAUUUUUCUCCCUUUUUAUUUUGUUUUGAAAUCUGAUUGUAUAAGUACUUUAUAGUUAGUUCCCAAAUUAUUUUACAGGUUGCUGAAGCCAACAGCAUAAUUUUCCAUCAUACUUCUGUGUCAAAGAGGGUUUUUAAAAAAAUACUUAAGUAUCUUUCAAAUUGCUUAUGCUACGUACCUGACUAAAGUCAGGUCUGAUGAAGAAACAGUGGAAAUGUUAAAUUAUACCCAGAGCACAUCAGUAGGCUUGUUGCCUGCCUUACUCUAGAGUAAGUGCAGGGGCAGUGAUCUGGAUCAGGACCCUAGCUUGUGGGGGUAGAGGAGCCUUUAAUUCUUGUACUUGCUUGGAAUUGGCAACCUGUGUCUGAAACUGAUGUUACGAGAUAUGGAUCCAUUGGCUUGAAUGGAUUAUUAUCUGAUAAUAAGUCCUGCAGGGAUCUGAUUAUCGAAUUUAACUCUGAUCCAGAUGCCUGCACUUACUCUAAACUGAAAAAAGCAAGUAGCUGUGUUUUUAAAGUAACGUGCUUCAGCCCUUAUCUACUCAACUAGGACAUGCUACUGAAUAUGGUAUAUUCCAGUACCAUACAAUUUGCAGAGGCCACUCAGCUCCAGUGCCUGCCUGGGUGCUUCUAAAUGGAGCACUCCUAGUGCACUUGGCUGCUCUUCCACCAUUCUCUCCAUACUGAAUUUUUAAUAUUUUGGGGAAAAACGUGUCUUUGGGUGGCAAGAAAAAAAAACACUGGUAGAAAAACAUGGAAGAAUUACAAAUGGAAGACAGUGAUGUCCAGACCCCUAUAAAUUCCCUCUUUGAGUCAAGGCAAUAGCAAAAUAAAAGCCUUGCCUGGAAGCACCCCUGUUGUCAGGAGUCCAUCUAGGCAGGAAAAACAAGGUAUCUUGAAUCCCCAGUGAACUCCCCAGCAUAGCUCUCUGCUGUGCUAAGGGGACUGUGUCCCGGCUGUUGCAGGCUUGUUGUAGCAUCAAGACUGGCACAUGAACAAGAAGACUUUUUCAGUGACCCCCGGCUCUAAACAACUCAUUCAGGUUUCUGUCAUGUUAUCAAAGACUGGCCUGUCGGAUGCUGAGACCUGUGCCCUGCAUGGUACUUCACAGCCUAACAGCCAUUUGGUUGCUCUCUGUUUUUCCACUUCUAGGGCAGUCGGCAGCUGCCUCAGUAUACAACUGGGCUGCACACAGAGACUUGAUUGUACUGCACCUCAUGGGUUUAAGCUCAGGCUUCCCAGCAGCACAGCAACAAGACUGGGGUAUGAGGACAGGUAUCUGUUUUUCCCAUGUGUUGCAGGUAUGACAGAGGAUGUGUUUGCUGUUCAUCCAGGCUGUGUCUCUGAGGAACCAUGUUUGCAGUGUUUUUGCGGUCCUUCAAAGAGCUUCAAUGUCUGUUUGAGCAGAGGUGAAAAGAAACACGUGCUAGUAAUCCUCUGUCAUACAUACCACAUUCAGUUCUGCUGUCUGCCCCAGCCGGUACUCCUCAACUCCUUUUCCUUUAACAAAAUGGGGCUGUUCAAAAGAACAAUGCAUGCCUGCUGAGAAAAGCAGCAGAAAUGCACCCAGUGGUCUCUCCACUCAAAGGGGGCUGUUACAUCUACAUACGGAGGCCACGCUGACUGUACUGCUCAUGGCUUGCUCUGUCUGCGCCUACAUUAAGUGAACAUGCUCGAGGAAUUGUUUGGAUAGCCCAUUAAAAAGUAACCCUUUGGCACUGACCAAAUAAUCAGUGCCAUUUUUCUUAAUCAGGAACAAGUAAUCCUAAAAUGCUGUAGAAAGUGGGGGGGGGGGCAACCUUCAAUGAAGGGAGCAGCAUAGCAACAGGUGCUCAGACCAGCUCCUGGUGGUCUACCACAAGCCAUCUUAGACAUGUGUCACUGCUAAUUCGGCCAGUAGCUGUGCAAUUAAUUACAAGGCCAGUAGCACAGAGUGGCUGAAGCCUGGCUGCUGGAGAUUGGUCAGGUCUGUGCUCACUGCUAGAAUUUUAGGGGGGGCGCACAACAUUUGCCAGGUUUUGCAGAAACUUAGAGAGUGCAGCCCCAGAACCCUGCUGUCUAGUCAUUCCGAUUAAGGAAGCAGUGGUGGUUGCCAAGCCUGAAGAGAGAGGAAAGUAUAAAACCCACCAAAUGUAAAAAGUUCAUCCUAACACAGAAAACACUGGUAAAUAUACUGUCCACUUAAAUUAUUAGUUUCCCUGUUACCUAUGAGCAAAGAUCAACCAGUUGGUUGGCCAGUGGUUUUGUUUUGUUCUGCUUAAUUUUUGAAAAUGUUCUUGAAAGCAUGACAGUUAAAAUCGGGUUUGAACUUAACAAUUAAAAAAAGGAAAAUGGGAAGUAAUUCAUUUAUGUUGCCAAUUCCUAAACCCAAACAGAAGGGGGGAAAUCACCAAACUCAGAAGUGCCGUUAAAAUGAACUCUGAAUGUCAUAUGAAGAUAUAUCUGUAUCUGGGACAGAAAGGCAACAAUUAAAGGUACAGUCUUUUGUAUGUUGAAAUGAAAAGGGCUUGCAACUCCCGCAGGCCUUUUUUUCAUUUCAGCAUGCAUAGAAUUGUGCCCUAAAAGUGUGGCAGAUUUUUCAGGUUUUUUUGUUUAAAUUAACAAAACCUCAUUUUUAAAUGUAUUGUGUGAAAACCUUUUCGGGAACGGAGUAACGUGCUAUGUCUGUAGUGGGUGAGAUAUCCCUCCCCCUUUCCCCAGUUUCUGAUGAAGUUUUUCUUAACUAAUCGUUGUUACUGUAUGGUUUUUUGAUCAUGAGUAGUUUGGUGCUUCCUCAUAGCACAAGCUUAAAAAUCAACUACUGAAGAACAGUCUUAAAAGCUAAAUGUCUGCAUGAUGUUACAUCCGUUGUACUUACUGAACAACUUUGUAUGUAAAUGUACAGGAAUAAAGACAUUGCCCCAUUAAGAA